AUGUACUGGACAAAAGUCACGCUAUAGAGUGUCGUGUUGCGUAGUAGAGUGUCGAGGUGCAAUAUAGAUCCCAAGGUCGCGAGGCGUAGUAUAGGUGGACGCGAGGCGAAAUAGAGAGUCGCGAGGCGUAAUAGUGAGACGCGUAUGUAAUAAUAGAGAGAUGCGAGGCGUAAUAGAAGGACGCGAUGCGUAACAGAAGGACGCGUUGCGUGAUGGAAAGACGCGCAAACAAGGGCGACGCGGCGUGUAGGAAGAGGGGACGCGUACUUUCGCGCCAUUUGCCUUGGUUACCCGUGAAUAAAUUUCGAAUUUUUUCAAUUGACUGGCAAAUUAAUCAAGACAAAACACGAAAGAAAAAGUAAGUUUUUGUAGCAGCUGGGCUGACCGUUCUCUCUGAUUUUUUCUCUCCUGUUUUUUUAAUUUCUGCUGUAUUAUAGUUAUAUUCUGAUAAAUUGUGAGAAGUUGCUAAUUCAUAAGUAUGUGUAGUAGUGAAGGGAAGCAAUGUAGGGCAACGACGACAUUUGUCAACACAGGUAUAGCUGGCACCCCCCCCCCCUCCUCAUAUAUAUUUUCUCAUUAAAAUUUGUAAUGGGCUAGCUAUACUAUUGCUAUAAAUAAUGGAUUAUAUUAUUUGCCCUAGCAACUUUUACUUCCUUUUUUCCUUCCCUUGUAUACACCACCAAUCAACCCCCCUCCCCCUGCAACGAGGAGGGUGCCGAUAAGCCGAAAAAUGUUAUUACACUGCUUGCAUGCUAUUCUGUUAUAAGCAAUGUGCUGUUUUUGUAUUAAUAUUGUGUUUUGUAUCACCAUGUGAUUACAAUGUUUUGAUAGGUAAACAGGGCAGCUUAUAAAACAGAACGUAGGACUACGACUGGUAGUUAAAUGGAACUGUGCGGUGCAUAUGCAUGUGUACAACAACACUGUCAACAGGUGUAUUGUAAUGAUGGCAAAUUUCUCAAGUUUUGGUUUUCUUCAAGUGACACUGCACCCAUUUUCAAGAAUUUUAAAUAAUGCAGCAAAUAUGUACAAUGUUCUUAUUCGAUUUUCCUUUAAGGAUAUUCUUAAGACAUUUUUAAAUUUUUGUCUUACUAUCGUGAAUAUUUAUCGGCAUGGUUGUAAUUUUCAAAACUUUCAAGCUAAAUUGUAUGUGAUGUUUUAGGAAUUAAAAAUUGAUUCAGCAUGCAGAAAGUGAAAGACGCUAUAGACAGACUGAAUAAUGCAUUGGAUGGUCUGUCAUCAUCAACAACAAGUACUCAAAAUAAUCCAAAUCAGAACAUCUUCCAGAGUCCAAACUCACAUCCAAGUCCAAACUUACAUCCAAGUCCACAACAUCAGAGAAUUCUACAAGAUUUCAAUAAGCAAUUUCCAGCGUUGAAUGCUGGUGGUAGCCGAUAUCGCCCACAAGCAAAGAAACCACGUCUCUCUAAUAACUUCAUUAAGGACACAUGGACCCAUAAAUUCUGUGCACUGAGCUACAAAGAUACAUCAGUUUCACCGAAUGAGUUGCAUUUGUUUUGCCUUCAUUAUGUUUUUAUUCCAAGAAUAAAUGCACAUUUUCAAAGAUUUAUCCUGGGCUAUGAUCACCAUCCUAUCCGAACAGAGAGAAACCUUUCUCCUCUUCAAUUAUGGGAAAGAGGUUUGUUGUUGCAAAGGAGACCGUCAGAAGAUGAUAUUGUCGAUGACUGCGAUUCAUAUGGUAUAGAUUGGAGUGUACCGAGUCAUUAUAUCGAAACCCGUGACGAUGCUAUUGUGGUUCCCGAGAUAAAUCAUCCAUUUCAAAGUAAUGACUUAUACCUGGAAUUUUGUAGAUCUAACGAUCCAAUGGCAAAUUGCGAUAACUUCGGUAUCGAAGUGUUUCUUCGAACUGUUCAGGUCGUAGAAAGUACAUUGUUAUGAACACCACUAUUAGUUCACUCACAGAACUUUUGAUUGAAUUGCUUAACUUGACAUUAGUUACAUUAGAUACAUUACAAAGAAGAAAUUCAAACAUUUUGUUCACUAUAUACGUACUAGAUAUUAUGCUUAGGUAAAAUAAAGCUCCUUCAGUUCUUCUAACCACGCGAAAAAAUAGCCACAGCAGUAGUCAUUUAAUAAGUUCUUCCCGUGCCUAAUUAUAGAGCGCGCUCUUUUUUGUUUCCCCGUCCCAACGUCGAAAAGUUGUAUUAUGCCCUGAUCGAGGUUGUUAUUCUGCUUAUCAUAACUCCCCUCUAAUAGGCAUAUAAUAUACACGAGAGGUUAUGAUGAACUAGUAGCCCUUGUACACCAAGUAUGGAAUCUUUUUUUUUCAUUUUUUCCUUUUAAAGUAUUCAUGACAAGAAAAAAGUGAAGAUGUAUGUAAGCGUAGUUCUUUCUCUGACACGGAUCCUCCCAUCACACAUCUUAUUACGCUCCGACUUUACACGUAUUUCUAUUACGCCUCGCGUCCUUCUAUUACGCCUCGCGUCUCUCUAUUACGCCUCGCGUCUCUCUAUUACGCCUCGCGUCCUUCUAUUACGCCUCGCGUCUCUCUAUUACGCCUUGCGUCUCUCUAUUACGCCUCGCGUCCUUCUAUUACGCCUCGCGUCUCUCUAUUAUUACAUACGCGUCUCACUAUUACGCCUC